UUGUGACGUAUGAAUAGAAACGCGCGAGUAUUCGUUGAAUUCUAAUCGCGUGUUCGUUGCCAUUAACAAAACAAUGGAAUUUAAGAAUAUAGGGAAGUUACGUCAUAAUGCAAGCAUAUAGGAAUGUGACGUCAUAAUUGUCAGGUGUAAGAGUUGAAUAAACGCGCAGCAGUUAUGACAAGACAAUGCCAUGUGUUUGGCUGAGUAGACGUUUAGGCCUCGAGGGGGCGUUACUGUCACGUCACAGUAAAGAACAAUUGUUGCGGAAACUAUUCGUUCUAGUACCAGACGCUGCAUUCUAGAAGUUUCAUUGUUAGCUCACAGUUGCUUGCUUGUGUUAUUGUUACGUCAUAUUCAGAAUGAGCAAGAUGGAAAUGAAGUACACACGUGGGAAUUCGUUUAAUAAACCGCGGUUAAGCGUUGAGGAAAAGACGGCGUUGCGUGAACGUCGUAUGAGCAAUUAUGAAGGAACAACCGCUUCUAUGCCGUUGUGUAUUUUCAAUCUUAUGAAUGCUAUACUUGGUAGCGGCAUAUUGGGGUUGGCGAAUGCUGUGAGAAAUCUUGGCGUCGCAUUGUUCUCCAUAAUGUUGGUUGCGGUAUCUGGGCUCGCGUUCAACAGCAUAAGGUUGUUGGUUGAUAUGUGCGACUAUACCGGAAAUUCGUCAUACGAAGCGAUUGGAAAAGCUGCGUUUGGAACUGGAGGCAAAAUCGUUACAAUCCUUAAUAUAUUUAUUCAUACGUUGGGCGCUAUGUGUAGUUUCUUAUUCAUCGUUAAAUAUGAACUACCAGAAGUUAUUCGAGUUAUUGUUGGAGCUGACGAAUGCGCUACAGAUUGGUAUUUAAACGGCGACAUCUUGAUGAUAAUGGUUACAGUAAUUAUCAUAAUGCCCCUCGCUGCAGCGCGUAACAUUGGAUUUCUGGGCUACACCAGCGGUUUCGCGAUGCUCUGUAUGAUAUUCUUCACUUGCGUCAUUGUGGCUGAAAAAUUUAUAAUUCCUUGUCCAAUCAGAGUGAAUGAAACAAUGGUCGAUACAAACGUCACACAACCAACUAUUAUCGAAUCAUAUUCAAACGUCACACAUUCAAAUGAUGACGUAAUAACCGAGGUUUGUCAUUCGAGAACCUCGGAUAUUUUUGUUGAAUUCGAGGAAGGCUUGCGAUCCCAAACCUGUGACGUCAAAGUUGUGACGUGGAACAAUAAGAGCGCUUACGCGAUGCCGACAAUGGUAUUCGCGUUCCAGUGUCACGCAUCAGUAUUACCAAUAUACACUGAACUAACCAACCCCACCAAAGGAAGAAUGCUCAAAGUUGCAGCAAUUUCCAUCAUAAAUGUUUUUCUUCUUUAUUUUCUCGCUGCUGUGUUGGGAUAUCUUACAUUCUAUAGCGCUGUAGGACCAGAACUACUUCUUAUGUACAGCGCUUAUGACCCAACAAACGUCAUUAUUCUAAUAUCAAGGAUAAUGGUUCUUAUUUGCGUCAUAUUCUCCACGCCAUUGUUGCAUUAUCCGGCAAGGAAGUCAAUUGUCAUGCUAUUGUUCGAGAACAAACCAUUUUCAUGGAUACGUCACAUCGUCAUAAUGCUCAUUAUUCUCACAACAACGAACAUACUGGUGAUUUUUGUCCCGACGAUUCGUGAAGUGUUCGGGUUUGCUGGCGCCACGUGCGCUUCCAUGUUGGUGAUUAUACUCCCUUCGCUGUUCUAUCUCCGUAUCGGACCAGGCCAUCUCCUCUCAACCAAGAAAAUAAUAUGCCUGGUGUUGGUGGUUAUCGGAGUCGGCUUUAUGAUUCUAAGCAUGGCCCUCAUAAUAGCUGGAUGGAUUGCGCAAUCCACUUCGUAGAUUUAAUUUACAACGAUUAUGGUGUAAUAAUAAACUCCACAGUGAUGUUGAUUGUUACGUAACAAAUAAAUAAAGAACAAACAAAGAACAUUGU